AUUUAUUUAUUUAUUUGUUUGUUUGUUUGUUUGUUUGUUUGUUUGUUUGUUUGUUUGUUUGUUUGUUUGUCUGGCGGUGUAUCGGGGGCGGUGUAGAUUUACGGGUGUAAAGGGAAGUCUGAAUGCUGCCUGUCAUUCAGCGAGGCGGAGGUAUUCGGGAAGCGUAACCGAGGUGUGCGUGAUCCAGGGCAGGAAAGUUUGGGAAGUAAAAUAAAUCGCUGCAGUCUGAGCUGACCCCACAAAGGAAGUGGAUAUGCCUUGGACUAACUAAACCGGUUUUAUGUUCUUGUUUGCACUAAGUGGAAAGUAAAACGUUUUGGAAGGUAGACCCUUCUCGGUUUCUGUGCAGAACUUCGUCAUAGGAUUCUUUCACUGGAUUCAGACCUGUCACCAACAUUUUGGGGUUCUACCUCGUGACCAUGACGGACCCGGAAGAACCCCCUAACGUCACAGGCUUAGGUUCGGGGGACUCGGGGGACCCCCAGCCUGAGAACGACUCCACGUUCCCGCUGUCCUCCCUGGCCAAUCUCUUUGAGGGGGAGGAGAGCGCCCCCUCGCCUGAGCCCCGCCCCGGAGAGAACCGUCAGAACCUGCGGAUCCGCUUCCAGGACGCCUUCAAGAAGGGCAUCUCCAACCCCAAGGACCUGCUGGAGUCCUACGAGUCGCCAGUGGCCCCCGCGCCCAAGAAGGCCCCCAUGGACUCGCUCUUCGACUAUGGCACCUACCGACAGCCCAACGACAACAAGCGCCGGAGGAAAAAGCUGCUGCGCGAUAAGCGCAGUGUCUCCAGUAUAAAGGGUCCCGCCCCAGACCCCCCUCCAGUGCUCAAGGUGUUUACACGCUUGCUGCUCUUCGACGCCGUGUCACGAGGAGACCCCUCCGACCUGCAGGGGCUGCUUCCCUUCCUCCUGGUGCACAAGAAACGACUGACUGACGAGGAGUUCAGAGAGCCCUCGACUGGGAAGACCUGCCUGCCCAAAGCCCUGCUCAACCUCUAUGACGGCUGCAAUGACACCAUCCCUCUGCUGGUGGAAAUCUCCGAGAAAACAGGCAAUCUGCGGGAGUUCAUCAACACCCCCUUCAGAGAUCUCUACUACCGGGGUCAGACAGCUCUGCACAUUGCCAUCGAGAGACGCUGCAAACAGUACGUGGAGCUGCUGGUGGAGAAGGGGGCUGACGUUCACGCGCAGGCCAGGGGGCGCUUCUUCCAGCCCAAGGACGAGGGAGGAUACUUCUACUUCGGCGAGCUUCCUCUGUCCCUGGCUGCCUGCACUAACCAGCCGGAAAUGGUCCACUAUCUGGUCCAGAACGCACGCAUGUCCCCGCUCAUGAUGGCAGCCAAGCUGGGCAAGAUUGGGGUGUUCCAGCACAUCAUCCGGAGGGAGAUCACGGACGAGAGCGCUCGGCACCUCUCCAGGAAGUUCAAGGACUGGGCGUACGGACCAGUCUACUCCUCCCUGUACGAUCUCUCCUCGCUGGAUACCUGUGGGGAGGAAGUGUCUGUGCUGGAGAUCCUGGUCUACAACAGCCGUGUUGAGAACCGUCACGAGAUGUUGGCGGUGGAGCCAAUCAAUGAGCUCCUGAGGGAUAAGUGGCGGAAGUUUGGCGCUGUCACCUUCUACAUCAGCGUGGUGUCCUACCUGGUUUCCAUGGUGAUCUUUACUCUUGUUGCGUACUACCGGCCCUCAGAGGGAACGCCCCCCUACAAGUACAAGAGCAGCACAGACUACCUGCGCCUGGCAGGAGAGUGCAUCACCCUGUUCACCGGCGUCUUCUUCUUCCUCACCAACAUUAAGGAUCUGUUCCUCAAGAAGUGUCCGGGGGUCAGCUCCUUGUUUAUGGAUGGGUCCUUUCAGCUGCUUUAUUUCAUCUACUCCGUGCUGGUGCUGGUGACGGCGGCGCUCUACCUGUCUGGGAUCAACGCCUACGUGUCGGUGAUGGCGUUGGCGCUGGUGCUGGGCUGGAUGAACACACUCUACUUCACCAGAGGACUGAAACUCACUGGGACCUACAGCAUCAUGCUGCAGAAGAUUCUCUUUAAGGACCUCUUCCGGUUCCUGCUGGUCUACUUGCUCUUCAUGAUCGGAUACGCUUCAGCCCUGGUGUCCCUCCUGAACGUGUGCCCCAGCUCUGACGCGCUCUGCCCGGGGGGAGAGUGCCCCACGUACCCCCUGUGUCGCGACACCAACACCUUCAGCACCUUCCUGCUGGACCUCUUCAAGCUGGCCAUCGGCAUGGGCGACCUGGACAUGAUCAACAGCGCCCAGUACCCCGCAGUCUUCCUCACCCUGCUCGUCACCUACAUCAUCCUCACCUUCGUGCUGCUUCUCAACAUGUUGAUCGCUCUGAUGGGGGAGACGGUGGGGAAGGUGUCCAAGGAGAGCAAGAAGAUCUGGAAGCUCCAGUGGGCCACAACCAUCCUGGACAUCGAGCGCUCCUUCCCCGUGUGUCUGCGGAAGACGUUCCGCUCAGGGGAGAUGGUCACGGUGGGUAAGGGCUGCGACGGGACCCCCGACCGGAGAUGGUGCUUCAGGGUGGAUGAGGUGAACUGGUCUCACUGGAACCAGAACCUUGGCAUCAUCAAUGAGGACCCAGGGAAGAACGAGACGUACCAGUACGAUGGCAUCCCGACCAGUGUGAGGGGGCUCCGGAGAGACCGCUGGUCCUCGGUGGUCCCACGCGUAGUGGAGUUCCACAAGAGCCCUCGCUCCGAGGAGGCGGUGGUGGAGAUGGACCAGCGAGACCCUUUGCUUCAGGGCAACCGGAAAACUACAGACACCUGGAGAAGAGACGACACCAAGGUAUAAAACACACUGCUCCCCAGCCACACCGGCCACUGCCUCUCCCUCAGAGGGCCUCAGUAAGGGGCUCCGGCUGCUUGGUGCGACACUGCAGAUUUGCACAGAAGCCAGUUUUAUUUUGUCUUGUUGUUUUAAAAAGAACAGACCUGUAGGAUCAACUCAUGGUUCUUGAAGUAUUUCUAUUGUACCCUUUUACACCAAUGACUGGCAGUGUACAGGUAUCCUGUUUUGCUGUUAGGCUGAUGCUCUUCCGAGUGUCUUAUUGUGAGUAAUUAAGAGUUUUCUUUACCUCCCCUGCGGUGUUCAAAGAAAACAAGAAAGUAAAAUAAUGUAUUCCAGUAAGAAACUGAACUGCAGAUUCUGUCUGAAGCAACUUACUCUUGUAGUAAGGAAGCAAUUGGAUUCAUAAAGUAAUUCAAUUUACAAAAGUGUUAUUACAUUAUUGCAAAAGGUCAAUUUGGAUUUCAAGAACUUCCCCAGCUUUUAAAUCAAUUCAUGCUUGCGUAGAAUGCAGGAAAUGUCACUGAUUGUGUUAACAGCUUCCUGGCACUGGGGGGCAGUAUAACACAUGAAAUGUAAUGGAAUUCCCCCAGGUCAGAGGGGGUAUCUAGGCACCUGUUAACCUGGAUUUAAAGAGACAGACACUGCCUGAUUUCAGCAGAAGCACUACAGGGGUUAUUUAUAAAUCCUAAAAUGCAUGCGCACAGAAGGGCAGUUUAAAAGCCAAUUCAGGGAUAUUGUGUAAUUAGUACAAAAUGCACAUACCCAAUUUAUUGAUUAAAAUUUUUUGGAUUUAAGUCUUAUGGAAAAACUGCUACAAACAUACUGCACAAAACCAGUACAAAUACUUGUUGUUCAACAGCGUGCUGCACAUCUUUUUCGACGAGAGUUUGUACUGUGUAUUAAUACACCCCUCUCUCUGGCUUGAAUGGGUUUAACAUUAGGACCACCACUUCAAGCUUUACCAUGAGAUAUACUGCCAUCUCAUCCACAGAGGGAGACGAUGGUUCUGUGCAAUCCAGCCCUUCUUGUGUAAAGUUACAGUGAUCUAGAUAAUUGCUGUUAAAAAUAUACCUCAAAGGAUACCCAUAUGCCAUAUAUUUAGAUUUAGAUUUAUAUAGAGAGAGAUUUUUAUACUGGUACCAAUGUACUAGCAAUAAGUUUCAUAGUGCAUGUUUCCUGUCUGGUAGAGAACUGUUGUUUGAAUGUAUGGGGCUUUUUUUUAAACUUGUUUUAUGUACUUUUUUUUACUAUCAAUCAUCAAGUAAUUGUUUUAUUAUUUCAUUUUAGAUGGAUGUUGUUCUAUUUAGAUUGUGCUGCAAACUUUAAUGUCCAUAAGCGAAUGUCUGCACCAGAAGAGAGAAUGUUUCAAAUACAGUAAUAGUGCAAGGAAAAACUAUUGCCUUGUGUGGGUAAGCUUUGUGUUAUAUUUUUUGCUAUGAAGAUGGUGCUAAGAAAUAUCACAGUGCAAAAAGUUUACUGUUCUCAAGCAGCACUUGUGUUAAACACAGGCAGAGAAGGAUCAUUAUAAUAUUCAAAAUGAUCAGAACUGGGAGAGGUUUUUGGUUACUGUAUUUCAUUGUCAGUCCACAGUGACUUAUCUAAAUCAGCAAGAGACCUGAACAUUCAUACUGAAAUGAGCUUCCCUUGUAAAAUCUUCCCACUCUUUUUGCACUGUAUGGUUGCAGUGUCCCAUGAUUAUACUGUGCGCUUGCCAUGUUUAUUAGUAUACUUUACAAUGCUUACCUGUGCUUUACCAGACUUCGCUACGCCUUCACUGUGGGAAACUUUUAGAAGGGUUAAAACUGCCUUAUACAGUGGAGACCUCUUAAUCAAUGUAUUUUAUAUUUAUUUUGUUGUUGUCUGUGCCAAACACUGGCGCCAGAAUGGAAGCUCGAAGAUUUUGAAAUAAAGAACAUUUU